UGUGCCACCUGGGUAUGAUCAGCCUCUGAGUGUGUUUAAGCACAACCUGGCUUUAGGGAGCCCUUGGUGGUGUCUGGCUGCUCUGAAAACAUCUUGACUCCUGCUGGGUGGAAGCCUGGCACUCUCUGACAAAAGCUGCUUGAAGGGCUGCUCUUGGCCUUACUUGUGUGUAUGCCUGUGGCUCUUACUAGGAGAGGCUUAGAAAUUGUUUUCACAGGUCCCUAUUUAAAGUCUUUCAGCUGAUAAUCCUUACUGGUAGCUGGGUUUCCAGGAGAGCCCUUUAUGUAGUUGAACUUGGUUACUUCAUGCUACUGCAUGUGACUUUGUGUCUUUCCUAGUGGGGGAGUCCCAGUGUGGAAAGCUGGGCUGUGUAGUGGGGUGAGUAAGUAGGCUUGGAUGUAGCUGCUUGUCCUUAAAUCAGACCUUAAGCUGGUGACUUUGGAGGGAAGACACCUUGCCAGGUUUGGGCUGUGUGUCUAAGUAAACCUAAGAGCCCUGGGAGCAGAACUGGUGGAAGGUGGUGUUCCUGUAACUGUGGGAAGUCGGGGGGUCUGCCAUCCUUGUGGGAUUACAGCAGCCACUGUGACUCUUGUAGCCUGGCAUUAAAGUGGUAGUUUGUGCUUAUGUUUAGUUCGGUGGCUCAGUGGCAGCGUGUGAGGAUCCUUCUGAGCUCUACCUAGGGCAGGGGACCUCCAGCAUUCCCUUGCCAGGGGCUGGGGAGCAGGACAUGUGUGGCCCAGGCUGUUGGGGGAGUGUGGGGGUCCCAGACCCCUCUGUGGGUGGAGGUGGAUAUUGCCGUGUAGUUGUGACCUGACCCUGUUCUGUCCUGAACCCCAAAAGCACACAAAGGGUUUCAGCUGGCACCUCUCUCAAACCUGCCAAGAUGUCAUUCAUGAACGAGCGCAGUGAGCGGAUGAAGAUGUUCAAGAACAAGGGCAAGGACUUGGCCGCCCUGCGGAGGCAAAGGAUGGAGGUGAGCACUGAGCUGCGAAAGGCCAAGAAGAAUGACCAGAUCCUGAAGCGCAGGAGUAUUUCAUUCAGUCUCACGGAGAAGAGUCUUUCUCCAGAAGACACAGGAAAUGAGAUUAUUCAGCUGUCCUGGGAGGAAAUCGUUGAAGCCCUGAGUGGGAGCAACACCAAGCUGCAGCUGCAAGCCACGCAGGCCACCAGGAGAAUGCUGUCCAGGCAGAAUGACCCUCCUAUCAAUCAGAUCAUCAGGCUGGGGAUCAUCCCCAGGCUGGUUGAAUUCCUGACCUACGCUGACAAUGCUCCUCUGCAGUUUGAGGCAGCCUGGGCACUGACUAACGUUGCCUCGGGCACCUCUGAGCACACCAAGGUGGUGGUGGAGGCAGGUGCCAUCCCAGCCUUCAUCUCCCUCCUGUCCUCCCCACACAUGCACAUCAGCGAGCAGUCCGUGUGGGCACUGGGCAACAUCGCAGGCGAUGGUCCUCUAUACAGAGAUGCUCUUAUCAGAUGCAAUGUGAUUCCUCCCUUGCUGGCUCUGGUGUCGCCUUCAAUUCCAAUUGGGUUCCUGAGGAACAUCACAUGGACACUAUCAAACCUCUGUAGGAACAAGAACCCCUACCCUUCCCUGGAUGCGGUGAAGCAGAUACUGCCAGUCCUCGUCUGCCUCAUACAACAUGAGGACAAGGAUGUAAUUUCUGACUCCUGCUGGGCCAUUUCCUAUCUGACUGACGGCUCCAAUGACCGCAUCCAAAUUGUGGUGGAUACAGGGAUUCUCCCGAGGCUGGUGGAACUCAUGUCCAGCCUGGAGCUGAUUAUUAUGACUCCAGCUCUCCGUGCCAUUGGGAAUGUAGUCACAGGGACUGAUGAGCAGACCCAGGCAGCUAUCGACGCUGGCGUCUUGGCUGUCCUGCGCGGUUUCCUGCAACAUGCAAAGUCAACUAUACAGAAGGAAGCCGCGUGGGCGCUCAGUAACAUUGCGGCAGGGCCUUCCCAGCAGAUCCAACAACUCAUCACCUGUGGGUUAUUGCCGCCUCUGCUGGAGCUGCUCGAUAAGGGAGACUUCAAAGCUCAGAAGGAAGCUGUGUGGGCAGUGGCCAACUUCACAACAGGAGGCACAACUGAGCAGGUGGUGGAGCUCAUCCGGGCUGGGGUCCUCAAACCUCUGCUCAACCUGCUCCUGGCCAGAGACAGCAAAACUAUCCUGGUCAUCCUGGAUACCAUUUCAAAUAUCUUCUCGGUAGCUGAGAAGCUGGGAGAGACAGAAAGGUUGUGUCUGCUGGUAGAAGAGCUUGAUGGUCUGGAGAAAAUUGAAGCCUUGCAAACCCAUGAAAACAACAUGGUCUACCAAGCUGCACUGAAAAUCAUAGAGAAAUACUUUUCUGGUGAGGAAAAUCCAGAUCUGCAGCCUCGGACUAGUGAAGAUGGGCUGUAUCACUUCUCAGUGAAGAAGCAGAACUUUCACUUCUGAAGCUGAAGCACUAUAUAGCUCUGAGCUGGUGGGUGUAGGUGUCUUGGUAGAGCUGAGACAUCCAAACCCAGAGAAGCAAAGAUGCUGUCUUUAUUUUUUA